CCCCGGGACCAAUUUGCCGGGGCGGGGUUUAUGCAAAUAGCCCGCGGGCGAGGCCGCGGAUUGGCCGGCGCGCGCGGGGGCGGGGCGUGAGGAGAGCCCAGGCCGGCAGGUGCGCGCGGAAGAGGCCAGGUGAGCCACAGCUGGACCGCGCCCCGGCCGCUGCUGCCUUCGGUGAUGCCUCCGCUCUGGGCGAUGCUGGCGCUCGGCUGCCUGCGGACUGGCUCGGCCGUUGACCUCCAGCCCCAGCUGGCCAGCGUAACCUUCGCCACCAACAACCCCACCCUCACCACCGUGGCCCUGGAGAAGCCGCUCUGCAUGUUUGACAGCACAGAGCAGCUCUCGGGCUCCUAUGAGGUCUACCUCUACGUCAUGGCAGACUUGGCUGGCUCCAGGAACACUUCCAUACAGGACAGGGAUGGGAUCCCCCUGAAAACCACGUUCCAGCAAACCAUGGGCGGGAGGACAGGUCCCUACAAAGCUGCUGCCUUUGACCUGACUUCUUGCAGUGACCUGCCCAGCCUGAAUGCUGUUGGGGAUGUGAACCAGGCCUCGGGUAUCCUGGAUGCCUACCUGAUCAGGGUGGGGGACAACAGGACCUGUCUGUGGGACCCCAACUUCUGGGGCCUGUGCAACGCCCCGCUGUCAGCAGCCACAGCCUACAGGUUCAAGUAUGUCCUGGUCAACGUGUCCACAGGCCUGGUACAGGACGAGAGCCUGUGGUCAGACGCCAUCCGCACCAACCAGCGCAGCAGGACCCCUGCGUUGAUCCAUCUUCUAGGGGGUAACCGAGCCCCCUCCACAGCCACCCCCUACGCGGCCAUCGACACGUGGCCCGGCAGGCGCAGCGGGGGCAUGAUUGUCAUCACCUCCAUCCUGGGCUCCCUGCCCUUCUUCCUGCUCGUGGGCUUCGCCGGCGCCAUCGCCCUCAGCUUCGUGGACAUGGGCAGCUCUGACGGGGAGACGACGCACGACUCCCAGAUCACACAGGAAGCUGUCCCCAAGUCCCUGGGGACCUCAGAGCCCGCCUACACGUCCGUGAACCUCAGGCCGCCCCUGGACCGGGCCGAAGUGUUCUCCAGCAAGCUGCAGGACUGAGCCGCCUGCAGGACCUCGGCUUCUUCCUCCUCCCCGAGGCCCGGGGCUGAGGACAGGGGCGGAAAUAGGGUGGGUUGGUCCAGCUGUGGGGAAACUUAACGUGUCCCCAAGAUGUGGAGUCCAGAAACAGUGACAGAAUAAAUGGGUCAGUGAAGGGG